AGCACGCGUAUCACGGACGACGAAAUACUACUGCUUGUAAAGAAAAAGAAGGGAAAAAAACGAGAAUCAGGAUUUUGAAGUAUUUGGAGCUGCGAACUUUUGAGAGGAAGAACGGAAAGCUAUGCUGUGUCGAUGGUGGAUUUUUCUGACGUGUUUCUCCGCGUCGUUGUCGGUGGCGGCGACGGAGUGCUGUGGCAAGGGAGCGCAGAACAAGAGGGCUCGGGCGCCCCGCGCGACGUCCCGCGACCAGAACCUUCGCGAUGCCCGCUUGCUGGCCAUCCAGAAAGUCAUCCUGAAACAGCUGGGCUACCGCCGGCCACCGAACGUCACACGUUCUCAAGUAACUGAGGCGGAGAAGAAGAAGAUGCUGAGACUGUACGAGAUGAGUGUUGAGGAGACUUCCGAGUCGAGAGAAAGUGUCGAACAGGAGGAGCUAGCCACUGCCAAGACGUUCCACAGUUUCCCUGCUACAGGCGGGCCCCCUGUACAGGUGUCCACAGAAGACUGGGAGGACGGCCUGCACAAAGUUCGCCUCUACUUCCAGCUGGACUUUCCACAGACGCACCACCGACACAGGCACCGACGGGUGGCCAACGCAAAAUUGAAACUCUACAAAUCAGAGAUAUUCCCAGAAAACUUGCUCAGAAGCACGGACGGACUGGUAACUCUUAGUUUUUACCAGCUACUGGAGCCUCCGAGGACAGGGAAAACGACGCUGAAGCGUCUGAUCGAGUCGCGCACGACGUCCGUUUUACAAACGGGGUGGGAGAAAGUAGACGUAACAGCCGCCGUGCAGAGUUGGAUGACGUCACCCGAAAAGAACUAUGGGAUUGAAGUGGUGUGCGAGCACGAGCCGCUGGAUGACGUCAUGACGUUUUACGGGACGGACAGAGACAGUGACGUCAGAAGACCUGCUGAGACGGACGAUCCGGACGUCUUGGCGCCAAGACUGAUUGUCUUGACACAAGAGGUCAAAUCUUCACAGAGAGAAAAACGGAGCUAUGAGCCAGAAGAUUGUCAAGUGGACGACGGAGAGACGCGCUGCUGCCGCUACCCUCUGUACGUGAAUUUCACGGAGAUCGGCUGGGGGGACUGGAUAGUGGCGCCGGAGGGGUUCAACGUCUUCUACUGUAACGGCACAUGUCCUUACAGAUACAAGUCGGCUAACGAACAUUCCCUGAUCAAGUCCACACUCCACCACCUAAACCCAGACUCUCCACAGCCGUGUUGCGUGGCCAAGAGACUCAGUCCUCUGUCGGUACUCAACUACGACGACUCCGACCCGCCACAACUCAUAGUCACACCGCUAAACAACAUUGUAGUAGACCAGUGUGCAUGUACGUAGCAGUAACUCUUAUACGAUAUUGUGUUUGAUCAUUUGAAUGUAUAGCAUGUCGGCAGAACGUACUGCACCUGCACGAACCCCGUAAUGUAUUGUGCAUAACACUUCGGCAGAACGUCUCAUAU